AUGUAUGAAGAUGAGGACGACGAUGAUUUGAUUGUUGGAACGCUAGAGAGAUCGUUCGAGGAUCAUAGAGUGAUGAGGCGAGUGUCGGCGUGGCUGCUGGUUCUGGGGGUGGGCGUGCUGGGGGCGGUGGCCGAGGGGCCGGUGCCGUACCCUGGCGUGCCGCUGCCGCCGCCCUCGGUGGACCCCGGGGCGCCCUACACGCACUACGGCCCCGCCGACCCCGGCUUCACCAUCCAGACCGGCUACGAGGGCUUCCUGGUGCCCGUGGAGCAGCAGCUGCACUCGCUGCUGCCGCCCGGCCCCUGGAACGCCUUCACCUCCGUCUUCCUGCACUUCCUGCCCAAGUUCGGUCUCAAGCUGAUCGGCACGGUCGGCCUGUGGCUGCUGGGCUUCUCGCUGGUGGUGCUGCUGGGCGGCGGCUUCACCGUCGCCGUCUGCACCUUCACGCCGCUCUGCACGCUCACCUUCCUGGGGUUCCCCUUCGGCAGGGCGCAGGUGCGCGAGUCCGUGAGGGCCUUCCUCGAGGACGACCGACUCACCCAGGCGGCCGCCUUCGUCACCGAGGCCCUCGAGAAGUACAGCAAAAUGAACGCCAAGGCGGGGAAGUCCUUCGGCGAGAAGGCCAACUCCCUCGACAAGGAAGAUGGCGGUAAGGCCAACUCCCUCAACAAAGAAGACAAAAAGAAAGCCUGAGGCACGUGUAAUCCUCCUCUUCACUUGGCGACCCACUGUGUUCCAACACAGUACAGCAAUGACAGUCACACCUCCAAUUCGUACACGUUGAUUCUAGGAAUAUUCUACUCCGCUCGUGACGCAGGACAGCACCGAAAGGAUUACAUGUCCAGUCCACCAUCCUUCCAUACAGCACAGCACUUUAUCAAACCCCUUUGAAUUGUGGCAUAGAACUCUGGGGAGAACUGAACUUUUGUCACGAUACUUGGAUGCAGAGCUGUCUGGUCAUCUUCAGGUGUAUAUCAUCGGAAGUACGCCGAGCUCAUCCACGUAGGAUACCACUGGCACCUAUCUGGAGCAUUGCUGUUUAAUUGUCACAAUCAUAUUUCCCACUUUGUACUUCCCCAUUCGAGGCUAUUCCUCACUGAACUGUCGAUCUAAGAUGAUACGUGAUGAAAUAUCCAACCCACCAUAUCG